AUGAAACACCCAGACGAGUUUCUCAAUGUGCAUUUUCGUCCUGAAUUUUUAAAAAAUUAUGAACACACAAUAAAUUUCGAGCAAAAAGCUGAACAAGUCAUACGGCAAAUUAAAUCUGCACUCUUUCGGCAAGCCAUUUACAAGAUACAAAACGUCGAAGUUGUGGCUAUGCAUGAAUGCAAAGAAGACCGAGUAUUGGAAAAAAUAAAAAGAGUUACAGGGUAUGAAAAUUUUAAAAUGUCUACUAGUAAAAUUUUAUGCGAUGAAAUAUGGACUAUAAAAAGAUGCAAGAAAGAAAUUUCGUAUUGGGUACGUUGUUAUGAGCAAGACAAAAAUGGGUACUCCCUGUCAGUUAUACCAACAAGUAUUAUAAGUAUUUUUUAUUUUUUUAAAUAUUAUUACUUUUAA